AUGGCAGCUUUCAACUUCACCCCUUCUGACACUUCAUUAUUCAUCCUAAUGGGUAUCCCUGGCCUGGAAGCUGCUCAAGUCUGGAUUUCCAUCCCUUUCUUUAUGUUCUACAUUAUCAGCCUGUUGGGAAAUUUCACAGUUGUGUUUGUUGUAGGCAAAGAACAGAGCCUGCACAAGCCGAUGUACCUUCUGAUCUGCAUGCUGGCGCUCACAGAUAUUGGCAUGUCUACCUCCAUUGUGCCAAAGGCACUGUUUAUAUUUUGGUUCAAUUUGAAAGGCAUUACUGUGAAUGGCUGCCUUGCCCAGACAUUCUUCCUGUAUGCGAUUGCUGUUAUGCACUCAGCCAUCCUCGUGACAAUGGCCUUUGAUCGCUACAUCGCCAUAUGUAGCCCUCUGAGAUACGCCACCAUCCUCACCAACACACGAAUAGCUAAGCUGGGGCUAGUGGGUUUGACAAGAGCUGUUUUCUUCAUUCUGCCCGAGCCCCUGUUCUUGCGCAGGCUGCCAUUCUGUGCGAACCAGAUAAUCCCCCAUACAUACUGUGAUCACAUAGCUGUAGCAAAGAUGUCAUGUGGGGACAUCACAAUCAGCAGGGUGUAUGGCUUGCUGAUAGCAGUUAUAGUCAUUGGGUUCGACCUGACACUCAUUGGCUUGUCCUACAGUCUGAUCAUCAGGGCUGUCCUCAGAAUCUCCUCCAAGAAAGCCAACCUUAAAGCCCUCGAAACCUGCACAGCCCACAUCUGUGUCAUGCUGACAUCGUAUACUCCCAUCUUCUUCUCCAUUCUGACACAUCGGUUUGGUCAGGGCAUCGCUCCGCACACUCAUAUAAUCUUGGCCAACCUCUGUUUCAUCGUACCACCCAUGCUCAACCCUAUCAUUUAUGGGGUCAAAACCAAAGAGCUUCGUGACAAAGUGGGCAAAUGCAGAAGGUGA